GUUUCAUUGCUUCAAUCUUUCUGGUCUUUGUAUCUGCUGUUGAAUGUGGGAGACAGUUCACAUAAAUAAGCUCAAAGAGAGCAAUGGCCACCUGCCAGCACUGCAGGGUCAGGUCGGGUGACAGCAGCACGCAGAUGACACACCCUCUUUCGCACGUAUGUUCCGAAACAAAUGCAGUUGGUUUCAAGUAACAGGAACAAUGACAUUCUUUCAGCAAUGUGACUAUCUUUGUCAGAUCUGGACACUAUGGCCGGGCGCAAUCGAUUUAUUGUGAUAUAAAGGCUACAGAAUGCGACGCUUUCUGUCGGUGCAUCUCAACCCAACUUCAACGUUACAACAUCCUCCCGCAGUGCCAGCUCUAGUUGAUCAUUCGCAGUACACAAUAUGACCGACCUGCUACCCCCACCAAAGAGACGUAAACUUUCCAAGGAAGUAGCUCCCACUCACGAAGACCGGGAGUAUCAACUGCUUGCACCCAUCGAAGAACUCCGCGACUAUAGCAACUUUGUUCGAUGGCUCGACGACGUCCAUAGAGAACUGGAGGCGUGGCAGCUGGAAGACUACAUCGAUCCCCGCGCUCCAAGACCUGCUCCCGAUGAGUAUGACUACAUAUACUGGGAACAACAGGCAAACGUGAUCUUCUCCUGGCUGCACCUUCACACCUCGCCUGCCAUCUGCGAAGACCCCAUCUUCGUUCGCCGCCAGCCACGGCUUCCAGAAGACUUUAUCAAUACUGUCAGGGACGUUGUGAGCCGUGUUAGCCUGGAGAUAGUUACUCAUCUCUGGUGGUCAACUAUCUACAUGGAUCCUUUCGAUUAUAGAUCAUUUGACGGAUUUUUCGCCGCAUUCAGAGAUUUGGCGGAGCAGGCCAUUUUGGUGGGAGUCAUCACGCCUUAUCAAGCAUUCUUUAUCUUGCAUCAGCAUCUCAUGAAUAUGGAGAAUGUCUUCACACUGCCGUAUGCCAAGUACAGUGACACCAUCCAUAGCUUUGAGUUGGCUGGUGAACGUCCUACAAACAUGACCGAGGAGACUUUCAACUUGUUCUGUGAGCACAUUGAAAAGCUUCCCCGGAGCGCUUAUUGGACCUGGAAGCGCGUGGGUAAGCAACGAAGGAUGUCGUGUUGAGCAGCUAUAAGACUAGACACGUGAUAUCUCCAGG